UACUAUUUUGUCUGGGCUAUGUUUCCUCUCUGCUGUUCGAAUGACAAGGUUUUGCUGUCUGUUGCAGCAAAAAGAAUUUCAAUGAAAAUUGCUGGUGUAAAGGACUUUACUUUUGAAGAAUUGUCACAUUGUACAAAUGACUUCGAUGAUUCAACUCUGAUUGGCCAAGGAGGGUAUGGCAAAGUAUACAGAGAUUUGUUGGCUGAUGGAACAGUUGUAGCCAUAAAACGUGCACAGCAAGGAUCUCUUCAGGGUUCAAAGGAAUUCUUCACAGAGAUAGAAUUGCUGUCCAGGCUGCAUCACCGUAACCUGUUUUCUUUGCUUGGUUAUUGUGACGAAGAAGACGAGCAGAUGCUGGUAUAUGAGUAUAUGCCCAAUGGUAAUCUACGUGAUCAUCUUUCAGCUAGAGCUAAAGUGCCUCUAGAUUUCCCCAUGAGACUACGGAUUGCGCUGGGAUCAUCACGUGGUAUCCUGUAUUUGCACACGGAAGCAAACCCUCCAAUAUACCAUAGUGACAUCAAAGCUAGCAAUAUUCUACUGGACUCAAGGUUUGUUGCAAAGGUUGCUGAUUUUGGUCUCUCACGGCUUGCUCCAUUGCCAGAAACAGAGGGGAGUGCCCCUGUCCAUGUCUCCACUGUUGUAAAGGGUACCCCGGGCUAUCUUGACCCUGAGUACUUCCUUACCCAUAAGCUUACGGACAAAAGCGAUGUGUACAGCCUGGGUGUCGUGUUCUUGGAACUAGUGACCGGUAUUCAGCCAAUUUCUCAUGGAAGAAAUAUAGUCAGAGAAGUGUUGGCAUCCAAUCAGUCGGGGAUGAUAUUCUCGGUGGUUGAUAACACACUACUAGAAAACGGGCCAUAG